GGCCGGAACAAUGCUUUGCCGCCACAUCGAAAAUAUUCCCACUUUGGCAAUCGCGACACGGCAUGUUGGAAUAGUCGACCGUCAACUCAGCGAACAUGGCCAUUUGACGUGCGAACUUGUCGAUAUGACAUACAGUCAGUAUGAGCCUUCGGCUACCCGGAAAUGUCGCCCGCCCUCGCGCCCUUGAUAGCAUAUACUGGCGGUGCACCCAGCACCUCUUCCCAACGACUUCGACGCCACUAAGCAUCUCGAGGAGCUUUAGCCAGACCUUCGCGCCACGAAAUGCCGUAGAUGCCCGACAGAGCCGUCUCAAGACGAGCUACUUCUUGUCGAACGGGUUUCUUCCGCGGAAUCAAGAUGGAGACGUGCGGAGAUCAACUGCAUCCACUACCCCCGCUGACGAACCUGCGAAUCGAACGAGUUCGACUCCAGUGUCACACGUAAACCAGGACCUACCCCACCGACGACGUCAAGCUGCGAGGCGCAAGGCCGCUGCUGCAGCACCCCCAAUAACCUCAACGGCCGAAAACCCCUUACCGGCCGAAGAUGCCUCUUCCGCCCUGACGACGUCUGCCACCAAACACUCGGCCAGCUCGCUCCGCCGGCAGUUGUCCCUCUACCUCUCCCUCUCGAAGCCCCGCCUCACCGUCCUCGUCGUCCUAUCGGCCAUGGCGCCGUACGCCCUGUACCCGGUUCCCGACUUCCUGUCCCCGUCGAUUGGGCUGGAUACGCCAUCCCUAUCCCCGCUCACACUCGCCUUUCUCACCACCGGCACGGCACUCUGUUCUGCGUCCGCAAAUGCCCUGAACAUGCUAUACGAGCCCAAGACAGAUGCCAUGAUGUCGCGGACCCGCAAUCGGCCACUUGUCCGCGGACUCCUCUCCGCACGCAAGGCGGUGGCAUUUGCCGUGCUGGCAGCCCUCACAGGCGUAGGAGGUCUCUACUUUGGCGUGAACCCCACUGUCGCUUUCCUGGGCGCCACCAAUAUCGUCCUCUAUGCAGGCGUGUACACGCCAAUGAAGCGGCUUUCAUGGCUCAACACAUGGGUAGGUGCCAUCGUCGGCGGCAUACCACCCCUCAUGGGUUGGGCGGCAGCAGCAGGCGAGUCAGCAACUGGCACAGGCUCGUUCGAUGAACUGCUCAUUACACCUGACGCGGUCGGUGGCUGGCUACUCGCAGCACUGCUAUUCGCUUGGCAGUUCCCACAUUUCAUGGCAUUGUCUUGGUCUAUCAAAGAGGAGUACAAGGCAGCUGGUCACCAGAUGCUGUGCUGGGUCAACCCAGCGCGCAAUGCUCGGGUUGCCCUUCGAUACAGCCUCGCCUUCUUCCCCAUCUGCCUUGGACUCUGCGCCGCAGGAGUGACGGAAUGGAGCUUUGCUGUGACGAGUAUGCCCGUCAACGUAUGGCUGACGAGGGAAGCGAUUCGGUUCUGGAAGCAUGAGGGUUUUCAUGGCAGCGCAAGGGGGCUUUUCUGGGCCAGCGUAUGGCAUUUACCUGCCGUUAUGGUGCUCGCCCUCGCUCAGAAGAAGGGCAUGUGGGGUAGAGUUUGGCGGGCUGCAUUUGGUGAACCAGUAGACAUGGAUGACGAAGAGUACUGGGAUGGCGACGAAUAGACAUAUUGAAGUAGAAUAUCUGCUCCACGCUACGUGUAUCAUAUGUUCAACUAUUGUAUAAAUCUGCACAAGUAGCGGCUAGAUUUGAAUAUUGACGUGAGAAAGCACUGACAGUAC